GGAAUUGUAGUCUGGAGGGAGGGGCACGGAGUCUGAUGGCGCGAUGCAUCAUGGGAAUGACCUCAUGGAGCACUGCAUCCUGGGAGUUGUAGUCUAGGGCGGGGGAAGACCUCCGCUUUUGAUUUAAAAGCUAAGGACAGCCAUUUUGGUUCGGUUGUGUGUCUUCUAAUUACGGCGUCCCCUCCUCCCUCCCCCAAUCCUCUACCCAGCGCCCGCCCAGGUUAUUAAAGUUUGAAAAAGCACUCACUGCGUUGCGCUAUGGACAGCACAAAGAAAAUUGUUAACACGUCUGAUGAUGAUGGAUUUCUGCUUAGAAUGGGCCUCAAUGACAACAAGGCUGGAAUGCAAGGACUGGAUAAAGAGAAAAUCAAUAAAAUCAUAAUGGAGGCCACCAAGGGUUCUAGAUUUUAUGAAAAUGAGCUUAAGAAAGAUCAACAAGUUAACCAACGAAUUGAAAAAAUGAUGCAGCUAAAAGAUAAAAUUACCAGCCAACAGCUUCUGAAAGCACAACUACAGGCUGACAAACUUGCGCUGGAGCUAGAGCAGAGCCGUGAUCUCAGCUGUACUAUUGUACACAUUGACAUGGAUGCCUUUUAUGCAGCAGUAGAAAUGAGAGACAACCCAGAGGUGAAGGAAAAACCCAUAGCAGUGGGAUCGAUGAGUAUGCUGUCCACUUCAAAUUAUCAUGCAAGGAGAUUUGGGGUACGUGCAGCCAUGCCUGGAUUUAUUGCUAAGAAACUAUGCCCACAUCUUACUAUAGUGCCAUUAAACUUCAAAAAGUAUGAAGAAGUGAGUAAAGAGGUUAGAGAAAUACUGGCUGAAUAUGAUCCUAGUUUUAUGCCCAUUGGCCUAGAUGAAGCCUACUUGAACAUAACGGAGUACUUAGAGGAAAGACAGAACUGGCCUGAAGAUAAAAGAAGUUACUUCAUCAAAAGAGAAAACAUUGCAAAAAAUGGUAAGCAAGAUGUAACUGCACCUGAUGAACUAAAGUUGAAUGAAGAUGCACACUCAUCCUCACCAAUAUUGUUUGAAGAUAAUACUUCUAUAACAGAGGAACAGCCUGUUGCUACUUCCCACCUGUACACUGAAGAACAGAGAGAUCAAGAACUGUUGCUAAAUUCAGUGGUCUUUGGAACUUCAGCUGAAGAAGUUGUGAAGGAAAUUCGCUUUCGAAUUGAACAAAAAACUGGAUUGACUGCCAGUGCAGGAAUUGCUCCAAAUAUGAUGUUAGCAAAAAUGUGCAGUGAUCAGAAUAAACCUAAUGGACAGUACAGAAUCUCCCCUGAUAGGCAAUCUGUAAUGGACUUCAUCAAAGAUUUGCCCAUUAGAAAGGUGCCUGGUAUAGGAAAAGUAACAGAGAAAAUGUUAAAAGCUCUUGGAAUUCUGACCUGCACUGAACUGUACCAGCAGAGGGCACUGCUUUCUCUUCUUUUUUCAGAAACAUCUUGGCAUAAUUUCUUGGAUGUCUCACUUGGUUUGGGUUCAACAGAUUUGGAAAAGUAUGGAGAAAGAAAAAGUAUGAGCACUGAAAGGACAUUCAGUGAAAUUAACACAGCAGAAGAACAAUACAGCUUGUGUCAAGAACUUUGCAGAGAUCUUGCUCAGGAUCUGCAGAAAGAAGGACUUAAGGGUAAAACCGUUACCCUGAAACUGAAGAAUGUGAAUUUUGAAGUAAAAACAAGAGCUUCCACAGUGCUCGCUGCUGUUUCUAGUGAAGAAGAAAUAUUUGCUGUUGCUAAAGAUAUGCUAAGGACAGAAAUUGACGGUGUUGCCCCUCACCCUUUGCGGCUAAGACUUAUGGGCAUACGAGUAUCAGGGUUUCUAAAUGAAGAAGAAAAGAAAUACCAACAGAGGAGCAUUAUCAAUUUCUUAAAGCCAGGAAAGCAAGCAAAUGCUUCUCUGCUUCAGCCAGGGAAAUCCAGCCAUGAACAUUUUACCAAAGCUUCAGAAACAUCUCACAGAGAGAGUUUUUUUGAUAAAAAGCGAGCUGCAAGGCAACAAAGCAACCAGGAACUUCUUAUAAACAAACCUGCAAACAAGCAGAACUCACAUGAUAUAAAGUCAUCAGUAAAUCCUGUGGACGAAACAAAUAACGCCAUAGGCUCAGCGAAUUUGAAUGACUGUCGUAGCCUCACUUGCCCUGUUUGCUUUGAGGAGCAAAGAGACAGCGAUUUAGAGGCACUUAACAGACAUAUUGACAAGUGCCUCAAUGGGACAUUGGUAAAAGAUAAUGCAGAAAUAUCAACGAGUGAGAAUUCAUGGGAGAAUGCACAUCAUUUUUCUCUGGACAGUAAAAAGAAAACAUUUGAAAUGUGUCAAAAAAAUAAAAUGAACAAAUCAGUGGCUACAGCACAAUCAACACAAGUAGCUGACAACUCUACUAGCAGUAGCACAGAAGCAUUCCCUAAAGUAGCAGCUAACACUAGCAAGGAAAGAGAGCAUAGUCUGCUUAGUGAAACGGCUAGCAACAUGUACUUAGAACAGAAUUUUUCUUCCAAAAUCAUUUCAUUGGAAAAUGCAGAACGCUUUGAAAAGUCUGAAUGUACACAAGAAACUCAGCCUUCCUACUCCUCUGGAGCCAUCAGAGACAAUGUUCUGGUUUGUCCAAUUUGUAACGUGGAACAAAAAACAACUGACCUUUCAUUGUUCAACAGGCAUGUGGAUGUUUGCUUAAACAAAGGAAUUAUCCAGGAGUUGACAGAGCAAAUAGUUUGUCCAGUUAAGAGUCAAAUUACGGAAAAUUCAAAGUCAGUUGGAAGCAUGGGCAGAGGACAUCAAUAUAUGAAUCCCACAACAGGAACAAAAAGGCCUGGACUAAUGACACCACAGUCAACAUCAAAGAAAGCCAAACCAAGCAAUUCCAAACAAACAAUUGAAACAUUUUUAAAAUGAUUGUGUAACACUUUAUCAUAUAUGAAGAAUUUCAUAAUCGGUGUUUUAUUAUUCAAAUUAGUUUGGUGCGGGUGACGGAUUGGACUCUGAUACUUGUCACGUUGGAAUCCCUGUAAACCUCCAUUGGAGGAGUACAACAUUUGAGACAAAAAAAUAAGUGAUCUAGCAGGGACUAGAGCAUUGAAUUAAUUUUCCAUUCAAAUCAUUUUUUCAUAAUAGUUUUUGUCUAAAUUAUAUCUGUGGAAAAAAGAGCAUGCUAAGAGUGGGCUUUGUUUUAUCUUGACGUAGUGGAGACUCAGGGUAUGGAAGUCACCAGCAAUUCAACUUAGGUUGCUAGUGACCGACAGUUAAUAUGUGAUGAUUGUUAGCCAGUGUAAAAUGGAUUGGAUUGAAUUGAAUUCAGUUUCUAGUGGCCAGAUAUCCACAGCACAAUACAAUUGGUACUCAUUUAUGUCCAUGUUGAUAUUCUCUGUAGGAUUGGGCCCCAAAUCCAACUCUCAUUGAAGUCAGUGGAAAGCUUGCCACUGACUUCUGUAGGAACUGAUGGGCCAGGUUUGUAGGGUUCAGUCCUGACAAGUGCCUGCACGCUUGUGGUAUGUUGAGUGACCUCAACACCCACAGACUACAAACACUUUGCAGGAUCAACCCCUUAAAUGAGCAUGGAGUGUGAGAGACCCCCAGAAUAGGUAUGGCAUAUACAGGCUGUGCCUCACUGGUUCUAUGGAGAUAGAGCGAGCUUCAGAUUCCUAUGCAUUUGUCAAACCAGCACUUUCAAAAGCACUAAAUUCACUUUAAGAAAAGUUAAGGAUAAACUAGUAUAAUGGUAGUGUGACUGAUGUGCAAAUGUGUAUGACAUUGAAAUGAUAGUCCUGAAUAUAUUAAGACAGGAAAUAACCCUCCUUCUUUUGCUCACAUAUUUUUUCUCUUUGAAGAGAUGUAGUUUAUGAAAAAUUAUUUUUGUAGUUUGUUAUAAACCAUGUUUUUAUGAAUAUAUGUAAGGGGGAAAAGCUGUAAAGUACACUUAUUUAUUUAAAAUACUCUAUUUACAUUCUUAACUUCCCAAAAAUUAAAUUGUUUAAAUA